AUGGAGGAGGGUAAUGACAUCGACAUGGACGACAUUAAUGUGAAUGAUCCUGAUAACAGUGAUGAUAAUGGAGAGGAUAUGACUGAGAUAUGGUCUGCAAUUGCUGCAAAGCUUCCUGGAAGAAUUGACAACGAAAUAAAAAAUUAUUGCCACGCACACUUGAAAAAGCGCAGUAAGAUCAAUACUUUGUCAUCAACGACUAUAUCAGAAAUGGUGAACUCAUCCGAGGUUGAAGUUAACAAGAAUGAUUCUUCUGGGAUUCAAGAUCUACUUUGCGAUGCCCCAAUUUUGCCAAACAUGGAUGCCACUAAAGGUAUACCGAUGUCAACACAAAUGCCCAUUAAUGAUAUCUCUUCUCCACGCACUGAUCCAGCCGUUGAAACUGUCCAACAUAUAGAGGAGAAUUUUAGUGCAUCUGAAACAUCUGAUCAAAAUGUCUUAAGUAUAUGGGAGCAGCCAUUUUCAUUUCAGGACAUGCGCUGUAACGCCCCGUUCCCAGAGGUCCAGAGAGGCUCACCGAGAAGGAAACGUGUGGCGCAGGGACUAGCUGAGGUCGACGGCAGUGAGGGCAGCGCCUAG